GGAAGUGGAAAUCUCCACUGACUCUAGUGACGUCAUUAGGGAAUACCACUUUAUUUAUUCAGCCAUUUUUGCAAGGAAUGUUGGUAAAUUGGAGGGGCAUUUCGACUUUCUACGACCACUCGAGCAGAACUGUUGACAAAAUGAGGCAUAAACAAAUACCUUAACGACCUUUUCAUCUUUAUGCAGCUUUUUAACUCGACCUGUUUGCUAAUUUGUGCCAAUCAAAAUGCAACACCACCACUACCGCGACCCCCCUCCUUACCCAGGAAGCAUUAAACAACUUUCACAGCCAGGUUAUAGACAGAGCUAUUCUGGUAGCGAGACUAGCACUGAUAUCUCGCUCUCAUCAACGGAGAAUCUCAGCACUUCACUGCGCCAGGAUCCUCCUGGGGAGGAGAAUCAGACCCCCACCCCCUUACCUGUGGGUGCCGCGAUCUUUGGCAGACCCAAUACUAAUGUAGCAAAUGCUUUAGACAUAGAUUUUUAUAACAGCGAUGGUAGCUAUAGCAUUUUGGCCCAAUUGGCAGCUAAACAUACUCAACCUGCCGAACCUGGUCUGGAGGUUAGGACAACAAAUUCGAGCACUUUUUACGUCACUGGAGGGAUGGCUCCAAACAUGACACAUGAUACAAUGGUGACUAAUAGAAACUCUGCUUGGGAUACAAGCACAAACACAAUUCAGAGUGCUAGGCCUGGAUGGAGCACAACCCAACAACCUAACCUGUCUCAACCAAGUCAAAACACAAUGGUGCAAUCACAAUCGCAAUCUCAACCCAUGCAAUUAGCACAACCACAGCUGGUGCAAUCAAAUCUCGUGCAAUCCUUAUAUAUGACAUCUCAACCAAAAACAGCUUUAACACACACGCAGUCUAUGCAAUAUUUUCCCCAACAGGGCCCCCCAUCUAAACCACAACUUGGACCUAUGCAAUCUCACCCCAAUCCUUCCUCUUACCCCUCAGGAGGUCAUCUCCACCCCCAUACCACCCCCACACAAACCUGGAUGUUCCAAUCCCCUGGGUCUGGUGAUCAAAGUGCAACUAUGAAACCAAAGACGACUAGCCAAAAAAUCGCAAGUAUCUUCAAAGGAAAGAAUAACCCAAAUAGAUCAGAGGAUAACGAAUCUGAAAAUGAGGCUCAACACGUGUCUCCUUUAGCCGCAAAAAUCUUUGAAGAUAGUCAACAGAGGCAACAUCAAAAACAACAGCUGCUACAACAACAGCAGCAGAGUAAGAAACAACAGCUGUUUAAACAGCAGAAACAUCUGCAACAACAGAUACAGCAUCAGUAUCUCUUACAGCAACAACAACAGCAAGUAAAAUUGCCUGUGUCACCCGUCAAUUCACCCCCGCCUCCUCCUGAAUACACCCCACCGCCCUAUAAACCUCCGUCACUCCCAGCUGCUUCUCUUCAAGACACGAAAUGUAAUCUCCAAAAGGAAAACUCAAACCCGCAAGAUGAACAGAAAAAUCUACGUGAAGAGACACGCAGUCUCCCAGAAGGGAAACAAAACAAAAUCCUCGAGCGAGAUGUUAAACGAUUCCUCCCUGAAGGCAUUGGAGGUGCACUUCCAGGAACCAAUAGUAGACACAUGGAGGGUGUCCGUGCUGAAUUACGACGUUCUUUUGAAAUGUUAGACAAAUUAGAAAUGACACGAUCGCAACCUGAUCUGACACGCCUCAUUGAGAAAGGUCAAGGUCAAGCUGAGGUGAAAGGUCACAAGGAACAAGAGAAACCCCACAACGAACCAGAUUAUGCUGAUAUUGCUGUUCGUGCCUCAAAGAUGGUGGAGAUGCUUUCGAGUGAGAAUAAGAUGUUACGGGAAGAACUGGAGACUUACUACAGCAAGAUAACCAAACUACAAAAGUUUGAGCUUGAGAUCCAGAAGGCGCAAGAGAAUUAUGACAUGUUAGUGAAGUCUUCAGAGAAGAGAGAAAACUUGGAGAAAGCAAUGAGAUGUAAAUUGGACAAUGAUAUCAAAAAGAUACAGGAUAAUAACAGAGACUUAAAGGCUCAACUUUCAACUGCUUUGGCUCAGUUGGCCUCAAGACACACUGCUGUAACUUACAAUGAAGAUUCAGAUCUGAUAAAAGAACUUUCUGACAAAGAUAAACAGAUCGAAAAACUUGAUGCCUUGAAUCGAGAACUACAAUCAAGUAAAGAAAGACUGGAUGUUGAGAUAUCUGCCCAAAGGAGCACAUUACAGGAGCAGAGGACGCAUAUUGAUGUGCUGGACAGUGCCUUACAUAAUGCCCAGGCUAAUAUUCUACAACUGGAAGAUCAGGUCAAGAAAGCUCAACAGCUCCAGUCUGCCUUUCAGUCUUUACAAGCCACAAGUGCCAAACGAGAAGGAAUCGAGAAAAAGAUGAGAAACAAAUUAGAACAGAAUGUGCAAUCUUUAAAAACACUUAAUAAGGAAUCGAUGUCUCAGAGUACAGAGUCACUCUUGAGCAUAGAGGACCCAAACUCCCCACAAGUGCCAAAAUUAAAAAAGACGAUCAUAGAUCAGGAACAACGAAUACUUGCCCUUGAAAGUGAGAAAAUGCGAUGGGAGGAGAAAUAUAUAGAAGAGGUUGCCCUAAGAGAUUUUGCAGUUGAUGUGGCUUCCACACCCAAAGAUGCCAAGAUAGCAGAGUUGGAGAGGAACACAGAAGACACCAACAAACUAAUAGCUGAGGCUCAGACUGACAGACUGAAGAACCAGGAGGAAGUGUAUGAGGCAACCCGCAAACUUUCAACUUUAGAAGCAAAAAUAAAGACUCUCCAGGCUCAGAUGGCGGAGAAAGAUGCAAUGAUUCGAGUUCUUCAGAAACACACAUUAAACCGCAGCACAAGCGUAUCUAGUCUUUUCGGUUCACCAGUACACACACCCACUCCCUCUAUGACAUCACAGGUCUCCGUGGCAACACCUACGAGGCCCUCUAGUGGCCCAUCAAGUAGACCUAACAGUCGUAUACAGUCAUCUCUCCGGGGCCUCACACUGGCAUUGCAUAGCAAACAAGGUAGCACCACCAGCACUAAGAGUGCCCCGGGAAUAAUUGAGGAAAAGAAACUUGCUUUAAACAGAAAAUUAUCAGCACCAACGACGGCAUCUAUGUUGAAUAGUAUCAAGGUAGACAGUAAAGAGCCAGUGCAACAGAGGUUAUGGCAAGUUUGAACAUAAUCCAAAUUAACCAUUACAUGUUACAAUAGAACUACAAGGUGCCACACAAGAACUGAUUCAUAAGAUAAUUUGUUAUGGCAAGUUUGAACAUAAUCAAAAUUAACCAUUACAUGUUACAAUAGAACUA